AUGGUCCCCUCUUGCGGCGAUGGCGACUCAACCCAGGUAUGCUAUCUCUCGAGGCUGAACAUGGUCAUCCCAAGUCCCCUCAAGCUGUUCGACUUGGCCAAGAAGCAGGGCAGAUUCUUAUACGCAUGUGCUCCCAUGGUGCGAUACUCCAAGCUCGCCUUCCGCCAAACGGUCCACUACUACGGCACCGAUCUCUGUUGGACACCCAUGAUUCUCGCCAAGGAGUUUAACAGGAGCGCAUUUGCUCGGGACGGGGAUCUAACCAUGUCGACACUGGGUCCUCAACCCCCCACCAUCCUCCAAUUCGGCGCCAACAGCCCCUUGGAAAUCAGCCGUGCCUCCCGUCUGGCGGCCCCCUUUGUCAACGGCGUGGACCUCAACUGCGGCUGCCCCCAGUCGUGGGCAUGCGCCGAGACGUUGGGCGCCGCACUCAUGAAUCGGCGCGAACUGGUGCGCGACAUGGUGGUCGAGACGCGCGAGGGCCUACGCCGGGACGGCUGGGCCGUGGAGAAGCAUGCCGACGUCGACAGCCCCAAGGGUAGGAGCGUGAGCGUCAAGAUCCGCGUGCACGACGAUCUGCGCAAGACGGUUGAUUUCAUCGAUACGGUGGUGGGGCACCCGCACAGCCGCAACGUCGACUGGAUCACCAUCCACCCCCGCACGCGGUCUACGCCGUCCACCAUCCCUAUCCGCACCGAGGCCCUCGACCUGCUGGUAUCAAAGUAUUCGUCCACCCUGCCUAUCCUCCUCUCGGGGGACGUGUUCGACCUCGGACGUCUCCCCUUUGGACCGUCCAAGACCAUGUCCCUCGACGACAACCUCCCCCGUGAUGGUGGGGCCGGCAGCCGCGCGCACCCGACUCCCGCCAACACCGGCCUGUCGGGCUUCAUGUCCGCCCGCGGCCUGCUCUCCAACCCGGCCAUGUUUGCCGGCAACGCGACCUGCCCCUGGGAGGCUGUCGAGCGCUUCAUGUACCACGCCGCCCGUGCUCCCUUGCCCUUUCUGCUCGCCCUCCACCACGUGCACGACAUGUGCUCCCCCGCCAUGAGCUCUGACAAGAAGGCCCUGCUCAGCAGGGAGGAGAGAGCGCAGCUCAACAGGCUGGGGAGCAUGGUCGAGCUGAUAGACUUCCUCGAUGACAAGAUUGAGCAGCAUACCGGUCAAGUCGGCGGGCUCCGGAGGGAGUUCUGA